AUGAACAGUUUGGUGGCUACACCACCCGUGCCCCCUCACAUUUAUGAGUAUUCUCGUCUCUCCCCGUCUCGACCAAUGUCUACCCCUAGUCACACUCCUACCACCAACCGCAAACGGAAAGCCGAAGACGAACAUAAUGACUUCGAUAGUCGGAUGUCAGCCUCUCCUACGAAUUCCCCAGCUUUUACUCCAAGAACCUUGCCAUCAUCCUCUCGACAAAUAAAGCGUGCUCGACCCAAUAUGGGUGGAAGGCCUCUCUCGCUCCCUCGUCUGCUUGAAACUUUAGAUACCGAUGCUCUCCGCGGUGUUCUCCGCUCGAUAUGCGAUCGUCACCCUAAUUUGGCCGACGAAGUGGUCCAAACUGCUCCUCGUCCAAGCGUUGCUUCUGCCCUUCAGGUUCUUCGAAACUAUCAAUCAGCCCUACAAUCCUCAUUCCCUCUGGGGGGCAACCCCGAAUCUGACUACGCCUACAACCGAGUCCGCCAACCUUUGGGGAAUCUUCUCGAAGCUCUGAGCGACUUCACUCCCCAUUUCUUACCGCCUAACGAAACCCAACCUUCGAUAUCUUUGAGUUACCUGGAUGACGUUACAGAAAUCAUCCAUCAGUUGCCACGUUGGAGCUCACCUCAAAACAAUAUAGAGCGGGAUUCUGCAUAUGAUGAAAUUUGCAAGGCUUGGAUUCUGGUUAUUCGAGAGGCCGCCAAACGUGGCGGUGGAAUUCAGUUGCAGUAUGGAGGCUGGGACCAGAAAUUGGCUAAGCAUAAUCAAAAUUCCGGUGGCAGACUGCAGGCAGCCGUCAAUGAUUUGGCAUCCAGUCUAGGAUGGAUGCACGGACCGGAAUCCCAAGGUUUCGGGAGUCCAGGGGGCAACGACCUUGGGUCUAUCCGGGAGCAGCUUCUGUCGGGCACAUAUGGCCUUGGAACUCCCGUCAAAGUAGGACCAUGGUGA